AUACGGCACGCCCGCUUUCUCCAACGCUCAUCUUAUGGGCUUAGUCUUCCCUUUAGCCUACACAGUAUUUCUUGUCCUCUUUUUGUUUCUUAGUUCAACCCUCUCUCAUACUUCUUUUCCUCUUUCUUCUUUCUUUAUUUGCUAUGACGGUGGCAGACAACACCCUUCUGCUCUCUGCUUCAGUUCAGAGAAGAACAUUCUACCUCUGAUCCUUGAAUUUUCUUAGAAUCAUCUCUCAUAUUUGUUGGACCUGCAGAAAAGCUGAAUUUCUUUCUUUGUUCCUCCUUAUUCUUUUAAAUCUCAGAAUUUUCUGUUAUCUUUUUUGACUUCCUAGUCUAAUCAAACUUUGCCAGACAAAAUCUCAGCCCAUCGUCUUUGAAUAUUUUCUACAUCGAUUCUUGAACUAAUUUAAUGAAUCCAGUCUUUUAAAAGCUCUCUCCAGUCCUGAUUACUUUCACUGCUGAUGCCAUUUUCUUUUGUUUUGCAAUUGAGUGUAGCUAACCAGUAAUUAGUAUGUGCUCAGAAACAAGCCCUCGAAUAUCAUUCUCCAGUGAUCUUGGCCAAGAAGAUGGCAUACAAAUCGAGCACGAGCCUCGAAGGGACACCACACUCCUGGAAUCAAAUUCUGAUUUCGAAUUCAGCAUUUGCAGCAACGUGUUAGACUAUGAAUCUUCUCUGGCAGAUGAGCUUUUCGCAGAUGGUAUGAUCCUUCCAGCCCAAGGACAGAGACAUGAACAUUCAAGAAAAGUUUCUCUUCCUUCUCUUCCAUGUCCUCCUCCAAUUGCUAAUGAGAGUUCAAAGAAAGAAAUAAUGGAAAUCAUGGUUUCGAAUUCAGGGUUAUUGGAAAAGCCUCAGUCCAAAUCAUUCUGGGGAUUCAAGAGAAGCAGCAGUCUGAAUUGUGAUAUAAAGAAGAGGCUUAUUUGCUCUUUACCACUCCUGUCGCGAAGCAAUUCGACAGGAUCAUCCGUGCCGUAUCCGAACCGAGCAAUGUUUAAAGAUGUGAACAAGCAAAAUUCCCAGAAGGAGCAAAGAUUAAAUUCCAAGGCAAAGAAGUUAUCAGCAUCAUCUGGUUCUACUUAUGUGUACACAUUUCCACAGAAGCCUCCAUUGAAGAAAAACUACGGUGGAUCUCAUGGAAAUGGUGUUAAGAUCAGUCCUGUGCUGAACGUGCCACCUCCUUACAUUACUAAAGGAGCUGCAAAUUUCUUUGGUUUGGGAUCCUUUUUGCGCAAUGGGAAAGAAAAGACCAGAAAAUGAUUGUUUAACUACUUGAUGAAAAUUUAGUGAUUUUAAAUUAUAUAUAGAUGAUGUGGGCUAUCAUUGUUAGCUAGUAUGAGUCAUGUCUGGCCUUGCUAAUCUUAGAAGGUAGAGUCGGUAUAGGUUUUGCCCCUUCAGUUUUACAUGUAAAGUCCGAUGGGAUUAUAAAAUUUUAUUAGGAUGAAUAAAACUUAACCCUAUGUUUGGAUUGAGAGAAA